AUGUCGUAUCUGCGCAGCUACGAAGCGUUGGGCCUCGUUGCGUCCCUCAAUCCGACGGCCUCUGGCGGUGCUGAGAUGCGUCUAGCUGGAUCAGCCGAGCGGCCGGGAGCAGAGGAGGCCACAGAGGCGUCUUCCGUGCAGACGGGGAAAGCGAAAGCGGCGAGGACGGGGGGAAUACGAAAAGGGUAUGGCCGGAUUAUCCGAGAUGAAGCAGGGAAUGUGGUGGACGUGCAGCUCGGGGAGGACGAGGGAGAGGGGGAGGGGGAGGAGGCGGAGGCGGGGAUGGAGGGGGUGCCCGACGCGACCGAGGACGAGUCGCUCGGGCGGUGGGUCGGGGUUGGGACGAGGCCGUCGACGGAGGGCAGCGCGCGUGUGGUUCAAGGUCCGAUCAUGCUGACGCCUGUCUCGCGGGAAAUCGCGGGUGACGGCUCCUCUCCAGCUUUGGAAGACAUGUCAAAAGAGCGUGGGGGACGGGCGCGCCGGUUUGCAUCUGCCGGGGAGUUGGCGACGCUGCGGCGAUUGGUGGGCCGGUACGGGGAGGACGUGGAAGGGAUGGCGCGGGACCGGAAGCUGAACGCGGGACAGCGCACGGCGGGGGAGCUCUCGUGGGCGAUUAACAAGGCGGGCGGGGUGGGCGCGCUGUCGGGGGUAGAAUGA